GUGUAAUAGGUGACCCCCAUGUUGAUUGUUUACGUUUAGGUCCAAAGUUCAUCAUAGAAUCACUUAAAAAUGUUCAAGUUAAAUAAUAUCGGAACGCGUAAAUUAAUUUUAGAUAUUUAUAAAAACCGAUUUUAUUCGGCCGCCGUACCAAAAACUAAGCCGGAACCAGAGGCGAGCAAGGAACCCAAAAGAAAAAAUGUAUCUUUUAUUGCAAACAUGCAUCGUGGCAUUUUGGCCUCGAAGGAAGUGUUCCCCUAUCCAGAUGUCCUAACGCUGGAGCAGAAGGAGACAGUGGACAGCAUGCUGGAUCCUUUCCAACGAUUCUUCACCGAAGUAAACAAUGCUGGACGCAACGACGAGAACUCUGUGGUCGAUGAUAAUACACUGAAGAAUUUGUGGGAACUCGGCGGCAUGGGCAUCCAAGUGCCCAGCGAAUAUGGCGGCCUUGGCAUGAAUAAUACGCAGUACGCCCGACUGUGCCAAAUAGUUGGCGCCCAUGAUCUGGGACUGGGCAUUGUGUUGGGUGCCCAUCAGAGUAUCGGCUUCAAGGGCAUUAUGCUGUAUGGAACGCCCGAACAGAAGGAGAAAUAUUUACCCAAAGUGGCAUCGGAAACAGUUUACGCUGCCUUUGCGCUUACCGAGCCCAGUUCUGGAUCGGACGCCAACUCCAUACGCAGUCGCGCCGUGAAGAGUGCGGACGGCAAACACUAUGUGCUAAAUGGCUCAAAGAUUUGGAUUUCGAAUGGUGGAUGGGCCGAGGUGAUGACUGUGUUCGCCCAAACGGAACAGCUGGACAAGAAGACUGGCCAGAUGAAGGAUAAGGUGACCGCAUUCAUUGUGGAGCGUGCCUUUGGUGGCGUUACCAGCGGUCAACCCGAAAAGAAGAUGGGCAUCAAGGCCUCCAACACGGCAGAGGUCUAUUUCGACAACGUCAAGAUACCCAUUGAAAAUGUUCUGGGCAAAGAAGGUGAAGGAUUCAAAGUGGCGGUAAACAUUUUGAACAGUGGACGCUUUGGCAUGGGUGCGACGCUAUCGGGCACGAUGAAGAAGUGCAUCGAGAUUGCAACGGAACAUGCCAACAAUCGUGUGCAGUUCGGCCAAAAGAUCAAAACAUUCGGAACCAUUCAGGAGAAAUUGGCCCGAAUGAAUAUAUUGCAGUAUGCGACUGAAUCGAUGGCGUUUAUGAUUGCCCAGAACAUGGACUCGGGCAGCCAGGAUUACCAUUUGGAGACGGCCAUAUCGAAGAUUUAUGCCUCUGAGUGCGCCUGGCAGGUGUGCGACGAAGCUAUCCAAAUUCUAGGCGGCAUGGGAUUCAUGAGGGAGACCGGACUGGAGCGUAUAAUGCGAGAUUUGCGCAUCUUCCGCAUAUUCGAGGGCACCAACGAGGUGCUCCGCUUGUUUGUCGCCCUCUCCGGUGUCCAAUAUGCCGGCAACCAUUUGAAGGAGCUGCAGCGCGCAUUCAAAAAUCCAGCUGCCAAUCUUGGCUUCAUAUUCAAGGAGGCUUCCAGGCGGGCAACAUCUACAAUUGGCUUGGGCGGCACCGAUCUGAGCGCCAAUGUGGUACCCGAAUUACAGGAGUCUGCCAAGAAGACGGCUGCCUGCAUUGAUCUGUUUGGCAAGACCACCGAAGAGGUCAUCAUGAAGUACAAUAAGAACAUCAUCAACGAACAAAUCAUAUUGAAUCAUCUGGCGAAUGCUGCUAUCGAAAUCUAUGCCAUGAUGGCCACACUGUCUCGAUCGACGCGAUCUGUACAACUUAAUUUGCCCACGGCGCAACAUGAACUUAACCUAACCAAAGCCCUGGCCAUCCAGGGAUCCGAACGAGCAACUCUGCAUCUGAGAAAGGCGACCUCAGGCCAACUGAAAUCCGAAAACACUUUGACAUCCUUAAUAUCGGAGAAGGUCUGCGAAGAGAAUGGUGUCCAUUCAACGGAUGUCAUCGGCUUAAACUAAAUCGUGAAAUUACAGGCAACAAAAAGAUGGGGUGUGAAAAAUAGCUAGUAAAUGUUAAGCCCAUCCUCCAUCCAGUAGCAAAUCAUGUCUGUUUCUAUAUUAAUUUUGUGUAUCUUAUUUCGAAAUAAACGUGUUUUUUAAAUU